AUGGCGCUUCCGUUCCCGCACCCGUCGGCGCUGCUCCCGCCCGGGUUCACGAUGUCGAGGGCCACGCCGGAGGACACGGAGGGGAUGACGGAUGUUUGUAAGUUUUACUUCCGCGCCUUCUCCGCCGUCCCCGAGUUCACGUACUGGUGGUCGACGCCCGCCGCAAUGCGCGCGUGGAACGCGGACCGCGUCCGCGCGCGCUUCACCGACCCGCGCGUCCAGCAGUUCAAAGUCGCGGAGGAAGGUACGGGGAGGGUCGUCGCGUUCGCGAAGUGGGAUGUCCCGGCUACGGUUACGGGGCUGAGAGGUGGGUUUGUGAUGUAUGAUGAGAAGGGGAAGGUUGUUGUUGGAGGCGCGGAAAAGGAAGAUGGGGGUGGUGAGAAGGGAGGGGAUGGGGUUGGGGAUGCGGGAGAGGUGAAGAAACAUGGCUUGAAGGCGCCCGAGGGCGUUGAUCAGGUGUUGUUUGAUGAGAUGUUUGGUGGGUUGAUGAGGAUGCAGGAGAAGUGGCGUACGAGCGAGAAGUUGGUCCUAAGCAUCAUAUGCACCGACCCUUCAUACCACGGCCGCGGCAUCGGCGCCGCUUUGAUACAGAGCGUCCUCGCCGUCGCGGACGCAGAGCAGGUCCCCGUGUACUUGGAAGCCAUGCCCCUGGCCUUACCCCUGUAUCAGCGCCACGGCUUCGCCCAGGUAGAUACGCUUGAAUUCGACGGGGGAAAGGAUGGUAAUGAGCAGAAGCCUACGCUUGCUAUUAUGGUACGAGAGCCUAAGCCCGUCGUAUAG